AUGGCGGCCGAUGUUGGCCACAUUGCGCAGCUGCUCCAGGCGACUCUCGAUCCUGCCCAGCAUCGCCAAGCCGAGGCUGCCCUCAAGCAGGAGGCCACCAAGCCGCAAUACUCUCUGACUCUGCUCACCAUCGUCAGCUCUGAUUCCAUCCCCGCCAACACCCGACUAAGUGCUGCCUUGGCCUUCAAGAACUUCAUCCGACUCAACUAUGUGGACGCGGAUGGAAACUACAAGAUUCCGCUGGACGAGGUCCAGACGAUUAAGGAGCGCCUCAUCGGGCUGAUGAUUGCUUCUCCUCCCAACAUUCAGAGCCAGCUGGGUGAAGCUGUCAGCAUCAUUGCCGACUCAGAUUUCUGGGAGCGUUGGGAGACUCUCACCCAGGAUCUUGUCAGCCGCUUCUCUGCCACCGAUCCCAAGGUCAACAUUGGUGUGCUGGAGGUGGCCCAUUCCAUCUUUGUGCGCUGGAGGCCGUUGAUGGGAACCGCUGCCCUGUAUACAGAGAUCAACCAUGUCAUCAACACAUUCGGCACUCCGUUCUUCCAGCUGUUGGCGACCACCGAUAGCAAAAUCUCCGAGCAUGGUUCAGACAAGGCUCUGCUCCACGGCUGGUUCGAGACGCUCAGCUUGCAGCUGAAGAUUAUGUUCGACUUGUCUUGCCACGACCUGCCGCCCAUCUUCGAAGACAACCUUGCUAGCAUCUCCGAGUUGCUUCACAAAUACCUAAACUACUCGAAUCCCAUCCUGGACACCGACGAUGACACCGAAGUCAGCGUCGUUGACACUGUCAAGGCCGACAUUUGCGACUUCCUCGAGCUCUAUACCUUCAAGUACGAUGCCGACUUUUCGCAAUACUGCAAGCCCUUCAUCACAAGCACCUGGAGCCUGGUGUCGUCCAUUGGCCCCGAGACCAAGUAUGACAACCUUGUGAGCAAGUCAUUGCACUUCUUGGCGGCAGUCGCGGCCACCCGAGAGCACUCGGAGCUCUUCAACAGCGAGAGCGUCCUCACCGAGAUUGUCGAAAAGGUCAUCCUGCCCAAUGUUGCUCUCCGAGAGUCCGACAUUGAAAUGUUCGAGGAUGAGCCGAUCGAAUACAUUCGCCGUGACCUCGAGGGAUCCGACUCGGGCUCUCGACGCAGGUCGGCUACCGACUUCCUCCGCAGCCUACAGGAGAAGUUCGAGGGCCCCGUCACCACUUCUGUCUCGCGGUACAUCAACCACUAUCUCACGCAGCCAAAGUCGGACUGGAAGGCCAAGGACACCGCCAUCUACCUGUUCCUCUCGAUUGCCGCCAAGGGUGCAGUCACCCAGGCGCAGGGCGUCAAGACCGUCAACCCACUUGUCAAUGUGGUCGAUUUCUUCGAACGCCACAUUGCGUCCGAUUUGGUGAACGGGGAGGGCAUCGAACCCAUCUCCAAGGUGGACGCCAUCAAGUUUCUCUACACAUUCCGCAGCCAGCUGUCCAAGGAGCAGUGGAAGGUGGCCAUUGGUCCCCUGAUUCAGAACCUUAACUCAUCCAACUACGUUGUUUAUACCUAUGCAGCCAUUGCUGUAGAGCGUGUGCUGUACCUGACGGAUGAUGCCGGCACGCCCAUGUUUUCUCGUGCAGACAUAGAACCCUUUGCAAAGGAUCUGCUCACUCACUUGUUCAAGCUGAUAGAGAGUGAUACCAGCGCGCCGAAGCUGCAGGAGAACGAGUUCUUGAUGCGAUGCGUAAUGAGGAUUCUCAUCGUCAUCAAGGACGGAGCCGGCCCUUGGCUCGACACCAUUCUGACGCAUCUGAUCCUUAUCACAAACGUCAUGAAGGCCAACCCAAGCAAUCCUCGAUUCUACUACUACCACUUUGAGGCCCUGGGCGCUCUUGUGCGGUACUGCGCAGCAACCCAUGCAGCUGCAAUCAACCAGAAGCUUUGGGAGCCUGCGCAUCAGAUCUUGGUCGAUGACGUUACCGAAUUCAUCCCGUAUAUCUUCCAGAUCUUGGCGCAACUCCUCGAGUCCAGCCCAGCCGAUGCCGUCUCGGACAACUACGCCGCGCUUCUUGGCCCCCUGCUGCAACCGUCCCUGUGGGAGACCAGAGGCAACAUUCCCGCCUGCACGCGGCUGCUGUCUUCGCUGAUUCCCAGGGUCUCCAAGACCAUUGUUGCGGAGAACCAGCUAGAGGCCAUACUGGGUAUUUUCCAGCGGCUGUUGAGUGGAAAGAAGUCUGAGCUCUACGCGUUUGACGUUCUGGAGGCGAUUGUCAACUCAUUCGAGCCAUCGGCUCUUGAUCCUUACUUCGACACCAUUCUUACGCUCAUCUUCACAAAGCUGCAGGGAUCUCCCGCCGAUUCCUUCAAGAUCCGCUUUGUUCGGUUCUUCCACCUCGUUGGCGGAAAGCUGGAGGCCGGUUAUGGAACGGAUUACUUUGUCAAGCACUCUGACAAGGUAGACGAGAAGGUCUUUGCUCAGGUGUAUCCUCCAUUCAUUCUGCAAGAGACAGACAAGCUGGCAAGACCUGUUGACCGAAAGGCCGCUGUGGUGUCUCUUACCAAGACCCUCUGCGACUCUCAGGUGUUUGCCCAGAAGUUUGCCAAGGGCUGGGCAAACACGUGCAGGAUCCUCCUUACUUUGCUGGCGAACCCCCCGAGUGUCGCGGCUGGUGUCGGAGAUGAGAUCAUCACCGAAAAUUCUCCCGACGACAUCGGGUUCGGCUUGACGUUUACGGCCCUCAACACGUGCAAGCCUGUUGCGCGAGAUGACUUCCCCGAGGUGCAGAACGUGCCAGUUUGGGUCAAGGAGUACAUGGUCGGGGCCAACCAGAGGCACGGAGGCGCCAUUGAGGGCUUCAUUUCUCAGCGCCUUACGCCUGAGCUUCAGGAGGCCAUUGCCCAGUACAUUCGGUAA